GAAGAUCCACUCAUACGUAGGUUUUUCUUUCUUAUGAGUAUAUAUAUACCUCUCCAUGGUUUUGCAUUUGCUCCCUGCAUCAUAUAUCUAUCCUUCUCUCCUCCUCUGUGCCCUUAAACACUUAACUGAUCAAAGUAGUCUCUUUUCAUUCCUUUCAAGCAAUCUCAUCAUCAAAGUGAUCUACUACAACCUUAAUUAGCUUAUUACUGAUAUAUAGUACCAAACCAGAAUGGCAGCUGCUAGAGGCUACUUCAACCUGACAUCUUCCACCACUGCCCCCACCAUGCCAGCAGUGGCAGCCCAGAGCCAGUCCUGGCGGCACUCUCCGGUGCCUUACCUGUUCGGAGGCUUGGCAGCAAUGCUGGGCUUGAUAGCCUUCGCCCUCUUGAUCCUCGCUUGUUCCUAUUGGCGGCUCUCGGGCUACUUCAAUAGCCGAGAUGGAACUGGUUCCAGCUCGGGCGAGCAUGAAGACCUAGAGUCUGGGGAGCACCAGGAGGGGGGAGACUUAAUGGCAAAAGGGGCGGUUUAUGAGGAGAAGGUGCUGGUGAUUAUGGCUGGCGAAAAGGAGCCUAGGUUCUUAGCCACUCCGUUGUGGAGUAGUCGCUCUUCGUCAUUCGGAGACAGCAGCAGCACCAGCAGCUUUAGCUACAGAGAUGAGAAGAGUGGGAAGUUGGAGGUAGUGAGUGAAGAUUUGAAGCAAGAAACGAGUUUGCAGCCGGAGAAUUAUACAAGUUACAGGCCGGAUUCCGAAGACCAUGACGCAACUGAUCAGACCAGGGAUGGAACCGCCAUUCAGGAUCAUAGGGGCGAAUGAACACGGCAAGAAAAAACAAGGACCGAUCGCUUAAUGGGUUGAAAUAAAGCAAAGUCUAGUCAUGGUACGUAAUGUGAAAACUCACGGAGCAUUAGUUUGGCCUGCCCUGCGCAUCUUAUAUACGUGCUGGUUGAGAUUGAACUCUCAAGCUGCGUCGAUGCUGGGACAGCACACGUCACGGAUUCAGAAGUCUGAGAGCCAGGAAGCCGCUGGACAUGUUAUCGUUGAGAAGAUCAGCCACAUACCUAAUGGCGGCCAACCAGCUGCUCGACCAAUUCGAUGGACACUGGAAAGAUAUAUAGAAAGUUGAUAUAUAUUUUGUCCCAAUUUUAUUUCUCCUCCUUCCUACCUUUCGUUUGGCUGUUGGAUCUUCUUUUUUUUUUUUUUUUCGUUCUUUUCCUCUUCCUUCUCUGUUUCUAUAUACAUUUGUUUUCCGAUGAUUGCUGAAAUUCUAUGGCACGUACGUGCCACACUGUCAUUUCGAGAAUUACUCGAGCCGAUUCCUAGCA